AUCAGCACAGCAGCCGUUGGAUCGGCCAAUCCUCAACCCCCCACUCCUUGUCAGUUUGUCUCCCCGAAACCGCCGCCGCCGCCGACGACGCCGGGGGCACGGUGAGCCCCAGAAAUCCCAACCCACGCCGGGGCAUACGGAACCCUCCGCUGAGGCCUCCGCAGCACGAGGGGAGGGAUGAGGGAGGUGGUGACGGUGCAGGUCGGAGGCUUCGCGAACUUCGUCGGCUCCCACUUCUGGAACUUCCAGGAUGAGCUGCUCGGGCUCGCCGACGACCCCGGCGCCGACCCGGUCUUCAGGACCGCCGCGCUGGACAUGGACGUCCUGUACCGCGCCGGCGAGACGCACCAGGGUGUGGCCACCUACUGCCCCCGUCUGGUAUCAGUCGGUUCUCGAGGGUCUCUUGGCUCUUUGAGUUCCUCCGGUACUCUGGGUUCGAGUAGUGCUGCUGCUGAUCAGCCUAACGUCCUCACAUGGUCUGGAAAUGUAACUAAAUCAGUAGCAAAACCUCAUGAGCGGAACUUGUUUCUGCAAAGUUUAUCUGAAGAAGAACAGAACACAAGUUCUAGCAAUGACCGAAACAAUGCCAAGAAAAGUGUCGAGGAUAAGGAUCUGGUUGAAAGUCUAGAGAACGGAGUCAAAUUUUGGACUGAUUAUUCGAAAGUUCAGUAUCACCCUCAGAGCUUGUGUGAGUUGUAUGGAUCAUGGACAGACUUUGACAAGUUCGAUAACUAUGGGGCUGCAAGGGAGGUGGUUUCAGAAUGGUCUCAAAUGGAAGAGUUGAAUGAGAGGCUCAGGUUCUUUGUUGAAGAAUGUGACCACAUUCAGGGUAUCCAGUUUAUUGUGGAUGAUUCAGGAGGUUUUUCCAGUGUAGCUGCACAAUAUUUGGAGAACAUUGCUGAUGAUUACACAAAUACUCCUGUAUUGCUAUAUUGUGUGAGGGAUCCAGUCUCCCAUGGGUCUUCCAGAAAUCAACGUGAAACCGUCAUAAGAUCUUUGCAUGAUGCUGUGUCAUUUUCAAAACUUUCAUCCUCUUGCAAUCUGAUGGUACCAAUGGGACUACCUUCGCUAAGUUACUUGUCACCUUUGCUUUCUAUAAAGGAUGAGAAAUACUUCCACUCUAGUGCCAUCUGUGCUGCAGCAAUACAUUCACUAUCUGUUCCAUUUAGGCUACAACAUGCCGGCCCAGCCUCAGAUUCAGCACAUUCAUCUGGUAACCUUGAUAUUGGUGAGCUUGUGCACAUAUUAUCUGAUCAAGGUAGGCAGAACAUGGUCACUGCUCUGGACGUAGCAAUGCCUGCCCCUUCUUUGACAGAUAGAAAAGGUCUGAGGACCAUACAGAGGAGCUUGCGCGCUUUGACCCCUGAAAUCAGUGAUGAGGAUGAAGAUCCUUAUACUGUUGAAUCGUUGGUGUUCCAUGGAGCUCUGGGUUCAGGUGGGCAAAGGGCUUCCAUAUCACAAGUGAAGGACUUUGUCUGUUCAGCUUUGGAAGGCAGGGAGACAAAACCAAAGUUCUCUCAUCUCUCAGUAUCACCAUGCCCCCUCCCAGUCCCAGUCCCAUUCCCAUCGAUUUUCAGCAGCAGCAUAGGCCAACACGGGGAAAUCCUCAGCAAUGACCUCCCAGAAGGAACCAGGCCAAAGGGCUCACUCGACGUCGUCUCAAUUCCAAUGGCUGCACGUCUGAGAUCGAGCAACGCCGUAGUGCCCUUCAUCGAGAGGCGAUCAGCAAGUCUUCAGAAGCUUGGGAUGUCCAGGGGCGGGCUGGGCUCCCAGGUCCUCCGGGACUGGGGCUUCGGGAAGGAGGAGGUCGAGGACAUGGGCGAGCACCUGGCGAAGAUGCUGCGCCCAUUUUACCCUGAGAUGGACCUAUCAUCAGAUUCUGACUAGAUGGACCGUCUUUGCGAGUGUAUCGCUGACUAGAUGGACCGUCUUUGCCAGUGUAUCGUGCAAAGAUCGGGUUAGUUUUGGUCUGUGGGAAGAACUAAUGUAACCGUGGCGAGAUGUCUUGCUGUGAUGAUUCCUCUUA